AUGUCCAUAGACUUUCCUAAACCAAAUUAUCUAUCCCCAAAUCCACAAAUCGACAUUCCUUCAGAAAUCCGAAAUCCGAAAUCCGUAGACUCACCCGAAAGCCGUAGGAUUUUCAAUCAGUGGAUUUUUUUUUAUUUAACUUCAUUCACGCAUAGAGUGAUUAAGGAGGGUUAUAAAGCCGGCAAUCUUAAGUCGAAGCAAGUGUAUUGUGCUAAAAAAAAUAAACAUCGCAAGGGCCAAAAUAUGGGCGUUGCAUGUCUUGAUACCGAUGAAGUUUCAUCGAAGGUUGUCAUAAAUGCAUUUACUAAGAAGCAAGGACUCACCAAUUUCAACGUGACCAACAUCGAUGAAAACGCCAAAGAAUCAAAAGGAAUAUCCUCAUGCGCAAAAAGCUGGCAUUCGGAUGAUUCUGGACCCGGUGCAAAGUGUGGUCUCUUCAACUUUGCCAGGAAAAUAAUGUACGUCUGUCCACACGAAGCUACAACACUGAGCAAGAUGAUACGCAUGCUAAAUGUGUAA